AUGCAGAGCCAUGAUUCAGCGUGGGAGCCAAGUCAAGCAGACAUCGAUAGGAAACCUUGGAAGUAUACUGGCUACCAAUCCUUCUCAGCAUUCGUCGCUUCCGACAACGACUUCUUUGUUUUAAGGAAGUUUGGUGCCUUGAGUGCUAGAGUCCUACUGGGACUGCAGGAUCAGCUCUCGCGCUUGGAACAAGAUUUGGAAGCAUUGGAAAAGACGGCACGGGAGAAGGAUGCACCAGAUGUACACAAUGGAUCUUUCAGACAGGAGACUCGAAAAGACCGACAGGCUCUUGUGGGCCAAGCCCAGCCUUUACUUCGGGAGUAUAAUGAACUCAUCCUCCAGCACUCCCGAAUUCGAGCGCGUCCACAAGUCCCAAAGAAAGACAUCUGCAGUCUCGACAACUGGUUCUUCAAUAACGGAAAUGCGAUAUUGGCUGAGGAAACCGCCUAUACCAAAUAUCCGUCGGAUCUCUUCUCUCUCGUGCCAACACCAAAGAGCCCACUUCGGUCGUUGCUAGAACAUUCUUCUCACUUCCGUCUGCUCAAAUUGUGGCAACAGAAAACAUUCGACAGUACUACACUCAACGAUAAGCAUAUACACUACAUUUCCGACGAAAAGAUAGACCGCUUUACCGCUACCAUCAUCAUGACCCUGGGCCUGAUCAUGCUUAUCGCGCCGCUGUGGAUCCUAGCUUUUCUGGGAGGCUUGGUCCAAAGACUCGGCGUUAUAUCGGCUUUCAUCGUGUUAUUUGUUGCUUUGGUGUCCGUUACCACGGUGACAAAACCGUUUGAAAGUUUGGCUGCCGCUGCUGCGUAUUCCGCGGUGCUGAUGGUGUUUCUGCAGAUGUCCACAAACUGA